UUUGUGCACUGUGUAUAUGUCCAACUUUGUAAUGAACCCUGUGUUUCAGAACGAGCUCGUGCUGAACCAGUUAUUCUUCCCAUGGAAAAUGUCACGGUCCAUCGAGGUGAAAAUGCCAGCUUGACGUGCAAAGCACUGAGUGAUUCCAUGCCUCAUUUCCAGUGGUUAAGGUGGUUUCCCAUGAGUUCCAACGGUUCGGUCAACAGUUCAGCCAACUUUUCAAUUGAAAGACCACACUACGAAAUCGUGGAUAAAGACGAAACAGACCAACAUGUACUUUCCUCAUCAUCUAGCGGCAAAAAGUUUGAAUUCCACGGUGUGAAGUUGACUUUGGUAAAUGUUACAAAGAAGGACAGGGGCAAGUACACUUGCAUUGUGGGUAAUGCCGUCGGCUACGCAGUCGAGCAUGCUUACAUCUCCGUCCGCGAUUGGCCAGAGCCAACAACCUCGUCGUGGCCUAGCACGACCAACGCCUUAAACAGCACCUCUCUUGCCCCCAACUGGAAUGUAGAGGCACAAAUAGAGAAGGCUGAUUUGCCACAAUCAAAAAAGAACAUGUACAUUGCAGUGUUCACUACCUCAUUCGUGGUUUUAGUGUGUUUUACUUUGGGGUUCAUCAUCUGCCAUCGCAAGCUGAAGUACGUUAAAAGCGCUGAUUAUGGUAUGGUGUCCACUGGUAAACCUAACGAACUUGUUGUCCAGUAUAGGACGCAUGCGCCAUCCGUUGGUUCCUCUUCAUCGUAUGGGUCUACUGUUCCAUUAUUACGUCAGAACAGUGUGCGAUUUCGACUGGGUUCUAAUUUGACACAAGUGUCAGAAGUGGAAAUGCCAUUAGACGAAAAGUGGGAAAUUGACCGAGAGCAGGUCGUGUUGUUGGGGCUUCUUGGAGAAGGAGCUUUUGGUAAAGUCAUGAAGGCAGAAGCGCUUGGAUUACCCAACAUGCCCUAUAGAUUCGAAGUUGCUGUGAAAAUGUUGAAAGAGGACGCUACUGAACACGAGCUGACAGAUCUUGUAUCAGAGAUGGAGGUGAUGAAAACUAUUGGAAAACACAAGAAUAUCAUCAAUCUAAUCGGAGCCUGUACACAGGGAGGUCCGCUGUUCGUUGUAGUGGAAUACGCGCCUAAUGGAAACUUAAGACAAUUCUUAAAAGAUAGGAGACCGACCAGGGAAUACUCGACUACCCUAACCCUCAAGGACCUAGUAUCUUUUGCCUAUCAAAUUUUGAGACGAAUGGAAUAUCUUUCUUCAAAGAAGUGCAUUCAUCGUGAUCUCGCGGCGAGGAAUAUUUUGGUUGGAGAGGACAAUACAAUGAAGAUUGCAGAUUUUGGGCUUGCAAGGGAUGUACAUCAAGUAGAUUACUACAGGAAAACAACAGAUGGUCGCCUUCCAGUGAAGUGGAUGGCACUAGAAGCUCUCUUUGAUCGGGUCUACACAACGCAGAGUGAUGUAUGGGCGUUUGGUAUACUCUUGUGGGAAAUAGUUACUUUCGGUGGCUCACCGUAUCCUGGUGUACCUUUGGAAAACCUUUUUGAGCUUUUGAAGUCUGGACACAGAAUGGAGAAACCUUUGAAUUGUCCUGACAACAUAUAUGAAAUAAUGCUAAAAUGUUGGCAGGAUUUGCCGUUGCACAGACCAACCUUUCAAGAAUUAGUCCAAGAGUUCGACGCUAUGUUGGUAUCGUUAUCGGACAAGGAAUAUCUUGAUUUAGAUGCAGCAUUAAUGAGUCCUUUGGAACCACAAACACCGACGUCAUCAGAACCAACUUCAACUCCACGAAAUUCGUUAGGAACUGAUCAUUACACGGAUAAUGAUGACAGAGACACUGAUAAUGUAUUCGUUGACAAUCCAAAGGAUGUAUGGGAAUGCAGACAACAUACACCCACAGCUCUAAGAAGAGAUUCAGAAAGCAUGGACACUAAGAAAAUAAAUAGCGUCGAACAACUGGACAAAAAAUACUCGGUACAGGAACGAGCCGGUAAUACCGGCGAGGACAAAAAACAAACUCGCGUUGUUGCGUCUAGCGUACCAAUACAAAGUGAUGUGUAAUCAAGAGUAUUUAUACGCAACGCACGUUGCAUCAGCUUAUGGUGAAGACAAAGUUCACGCAUGAGUUUGAGUCACGCACGCAGUACGGUUAUUUAGUCACGUGAUCUUGAUCGAUGGCUCAUGGGUGGUAUGGAAGAGAGUCAAUGGAUAGCCACAGAGAUGUACUCGAAUGGCAGUAUACACAACAUGAAAGUAUAAUUAGAAUUCAAUGAAUUGAAAUUCCUAAACGAAACAAACACAAAUUAUCAAAUGGGUUUUCUGUUAACUUUGGAAAGCCGACUCAACAGAGGUUUUUUUAAGCUAUGUUGGUUAACUUUAUAAUCGUGCGGAAGUAUGAAAGGCAAGGUUAACCCUUGAACUCCCACAAGUGACCAAAACAGAAUUUCUCCUUACAGUAUCAGUACAAUAUCAAACAGACAAGU